UGACGGAGCUGACCGGUUGGACCAGUACAGGAGCAACAUCGGAGACCCCCCCCCUCCACAUCCCAAGACCCGGAGUCCCACUGGAGCGACGCACAGAUCAGACUGACUGACCGGACCACAGUGGCUGCAGGAGUUUAGAGGCAACAGCAACGUGCAGCUUUGUCCACGCAGACUGCAGAGAGAUAGAAGCUUCGCUGAGCCCCCCCCCCCCCCCCCCCCCCCCCCCAAGUGGGUGUGAAUGAAUGGGCUCCUCUCAGUGUGAUCAGUGAGUGUGUGUGUGACUGUGUGAGUGAGUGUGUGUGUGUGUGUGUGUGUGUGUGUGGCGCUGAACUGGGUCAUGCGGACCGCUGCCGGAGGAGCGAGAGAUAAACACGCGCCCUCCUCCCGCUGCUGGGCAGGUUGAGAUGGUGGGCGCUCAGAGGAGGGACCCCAGCCCGCGUCCUCCUCGUCUCAGCAGCCAGCACCAGCUGAUGCGUUUGGGCUCUUUCACGUCCGCGACUGUCAUCUUCACAAACUAAGACAGGGAUCAUGUUGCAGCGAGCGAAGCGCAGCGACGCACCGGAGCGCACCCAGGCUCCGUCCGCCGCGAAACUGUGAGCGGCUCUUGUUGUUUGGUGGUGGUGGUGGUUGUUGUUGUGGUGGUUGUUUUUUUGGAAGGACCUGCGCCGAUUUUUCUCCAGCAACCGAUCGAUCCCUCGCUUCAGACGGGGAGAGAGAGCCAUCCAGCUCGCCGAGCGGAUGCAGGACCAUGGAGGAGAGAGACAGGUCGCCAGCAGUCUGCCCCACAGCGUCAAGGCGAGCCUGUCUCUUUCUCCAUUGGGGACGGGACGGGUGGGCAGCGGCGGGGGCUCCCCUACAUCCAAGAUGGACUUCUGCGGAGUGGUGCCAGUGGAGGACAUGCAGGCCCUGGCCAUCACUUCUCUGUCGGCAACAGAUGUCGCUAAACAGUACGAGCACAUCCGCGAGCUGGGGAAGGGCACGUAUGGCAAGGUGGACCUGGUAUCACACCGGACACAGGGCGCCAAAAUGGCGCUGAAGUUCGUUACCAAGAACAAGACGAAGCUGAAGAGUUUCCUGAGGGAAUACAGUCUAACAAGCUCACUUAGCUGCAGCCCUUUCAUCAUCAAAGUCCUGGAUGUGCUUUUUGAGACGGAGGACAGCUAUGUGUUUGGACAAGAAUAUGCCCCCGCUGGGGACCUUUUCGACAUCAUCCCCCCACAGGUGGGUCUGCCGGAGGAAAUGGUCAAGCGCUGCAUGCAACAACUGGGCUUGGCUCUUGACUUCAUGCACAGCAAAAACCUGGUUCAUCGGGAUGUCAAACCUGAGAAUGUGCUUUUGUUUGACCGCGAGUGCCGCCGCAUCAAGCUGGCAGACUUUGGCAUGACACGACGCGUGGGCUGCCGUGUGAAACGGGUGAGUGGCACCAUUCCCUACACAGCGCCAGAGGUGUGCCGGGCCAGUCGCGCUGAGGGUUUCCUUGUGACCACCAGUCUUGAUGUGUGGGCGUUCGGCGUGCUCGUCUUUUGUAUGCUGACGGGCAAUUUCCCCUGGGAGGCAGCGCUGCCAGCAGAUGCCUUUUACGAUGAGUUUCGGCGCUGGCAGAAAGCCGGGUGUCCCGUGGGAACGUACCCGUCUCAGUGGCGCCGCUUCACAGAUGAUGCCUUGCGCAUGUUUCAGAGGCUACUCGCUGCUGAGCCGGAAAAGCGCUGUGGAGUCAAGGACGUGUUCUGCUUUGUCAAGUAUGAGCUAGUAAGCGAGCUCAGGCGCCGGGCUUCUUGUCGAGCCAAGAGAGGUGAGAGGUCAAGCUCGGGAGUGUGUACUGGCAGUUGUACUUCCGCCUCGUCCUCUACUACAUCACGUUCUUCCCACCGACACCCUGAGCCCUCCACCCCUCCUGGAACAUCCUGCCUGCGCCCCGCACCACUCAAACGGAGUGUCCUGUCCGACCCGCUGUCUCCCAGAGAGGAGACUGGACAACACCAGUCGCCAGGCCGAGACAAGAAUAAAAGCCAGAUGGUGAUGGCAACUGCCAUCGAAAUCUGUGUGUGACCACACUAAUGUUAGCGCUGGAGACUAGACGGCUUGUCACGUAACAACAAACUUUGAAGAGCUGUUAAUGACUACUCCAGAGACUCCUGUGAAAAAAAGAGAUUGUACUUGGACCAUGAAAUAUUAGCUCAGGAUCACAUCCACUGCUGUGAACGUGGACAUCAUCAAUCAGCGGCACACACUUUGACAGCUUACCGCUGGCACGUAGGCUUUCAUUCGUGACCAAAGACUGCUUCCCAAGCUGAAAAGCCAUGCCAUGCAGCGUUUAACAGUCCACUGAUGAUGCUCCGCUCCGCAGCUCCUUCUGCCAUCCACACAUUUGUGUUUUCUGCCCAUACACUGUGGUGGUGCUAAAGAUUCUAUAAUUAGAUAUUUCUUGAAAAUGUAUUUAGUCUUUUAUCACUCAUCAAUUCACGUCUUUUUGCUUUAGUGUUUAUUUAUCUCAGAUUUUAAGCUCCGGGGAGGCCAAACUGUCACCACUUCAGGUGAUGCUGUUCCGUCGGAGGCCAGUGAUCCGAGGGCAAUUUACACAACUGCUUUUGUCUGCUAUUCCUCAGACUUCCUGCCAACCUCUAAUGCAUAUAAUUUGUUUUAGACUUUUUAUUUACAGAGAAAGUGUGCUGAAGGAAAACAAAAAUAAGUCAAAAAGAAAGUUUAAUGUAGCAGUUUGUGUGAGGCAUCGUUUUAAUGUAGGUGUCUAGACUGAGAUACAAACAUCACCUCAGGACACUUCAGUGGGUCACUUCCUUUUAUAUUAUUAAUGGAAAUCCAUUGACACAUCUGCCACUUCUGAACUGCUCUCAAUAAAAAUUAAUUUCCAAUGUAACACCUUAGAAUACAGGGAUUGUACAUUUUCCGAGUGAAAAGGGUAAUGGGACAAAAAAGUUAUUGUUUCUUUUCUAUCUGCUGCGUGUGUUUGGACAAGUGUGUGUAUGUGUGUGUGUGUGUGUUUCAAAUGCUAAAGCACAAGAUUUUUUUGUAAAGGAGGAAAACUCUUAGACAAAAACUACGGCUCUUCAUUGUAAAUAACCUAAUAUUUCUAGGAGUGCACCGUAUUAUCAGGUAGUUCAACUAUGUAGCUGUUCUAAUUUUCUACGACAGGGAAAAGGGUUUUAGGGUUUUACAUUUACUGUCGGGGCAACGCACUGUAUGUAGCAACAAAAUAUAAGAGAAUGUACAGUUUAUCACAAGAUAUUAAAUAUAUAGAGAUAUGAUCAAAAGCCUGUCACGAUGUAUAACAUGGUAGCAGCUGCUGUUCUCUCUUUUUAUCUAAGCUGGACCCAGGUAUGACAGACAAAUUGGUGAGUAGACAUACCUCAUUUCAUUUUUCCUGUCACCAUCACCUUAUCAUGCCAUCAUCCAUUUUCUGUGUAAAAUUAUUGUGCGUCGUUCUUGUCAGCGAGUACAGCCCAUUCUGUCUUCAUGCAGUCAGUCAAAGCUCAGAGCUGCGCCGCAGGUCGAAGCCUUGCAAAUGAAAUUUUCCGGCAUCACAAAACCGCGUCACAAGAGAUGUCCCAAUAUUUGAUUAUCGAGAUGCACCAUUAACCACACAAUCCCGACUGCUCAACUGCUCAGAAGACGUUAGUGCACCCCGCUAUGCUCCGCUUUGAUAUAGACUCUCUCUGGGAAUCCAUCCAAAUUUGUCACUAGAACAGCAGAGCCCAGGUGUUUGGUUUUUUUUGCCUGGAGGAAUGACCUCUGUGUCAGCCAUUAAUGUUCUGCUAAGUGUUGGUUGAUCCUGACCAGCACACCGCCACAGCUUCAGCAUUAGCUUCCAAAGAGAUACUGCCCGUUAUUAAAGCAUCUAAUCAUAACGCUAUGUUCAGUGAGAAUGGUUAUGGCAGUCAAGUGUGUGUGUGUGUGUGUGUGUGUGUACUUCUUUUCACUUCUAAUUUCCACACUCCUCCCAUGACAGCCCAUCAGCUCUGUCGCUAUAGUGACGGAGCCAAUGCUCCUCUGGUUCAGCGUCUGUCCUCUUCCUGAACAUCAAGUCUAAUUGAGCCAAGUCGAAACAACUGGUGGCCAGCCCCCCUCCUAGCCAUCCGCAGCUCCUCAUGACAGUUGCGGGGCUCAUUAUACCGGAUGACACAUUUCUGCAGAUUUUCCUGUAUUCAGUGAGCUUAUCCGGUCUCAUCCGACAUAAUCCAAAUUUGUCUUUUUCUGUCCUUACUUUUGAUUCUGCAAGGUGACCUGAUUGAGGCUGACGCCUUGCCAAAAGGAUGCAAUGCAUGCUGAAAUGCUUGUUGCCUCAUAACAUCUGUCCAAAGGUAACUGGUCAAUAGAUUGUUGUGGGAGAUGAAUCCAGCUUGCCUUACAACAAAAAGACAGGUAUUACAUUGACCUUCGUAUUGUGUUCACAAGGUCAAGUUAUGCAAGUUAUGCAAAAUUAAUGAAUGAAACAAAGCAUUACAAAGCAUGGCCUGAUGUUAAAUUAGUACAAAACAUUAUAUGACACAACAUAAUGUGACACAACGUAGCAUAAUUCAUCAUAACAUGACACAAAGACACCAUAACUUUUGUAAACAUGUAGGGGCCCACGUGUCAUACAACAUGACCAUCAUCAUCAUCAUAAGAUGUUUAGCAUUGCGCACUGUUGUUUCUCAUGGACAGUUGUAACAAGAAAUGUCAAGUUUAACGGUGAGGUGUCAACUCAUAUAAAGUUCUGUUAAAGUUCUAGAGAGUAGCCUUCCUCUUACCCAGUUUUAUCCCGAUCAAAUGAUAUAACUGUUUUCUGCCCCUCGAGUGAUGUUGUAGUUUCCAGUGUAAAUACUGUAUGUAUUGUGUCUCUAACAAAAUGGGGGGAAGAGAAGAAUUAAAAUGUUAAUAUAUGUUGAAAUAAAUUCAUGCACCACC